AUGGUGACAUCAAAAACGGCUCCACAUGCACUUAAAGUAACACCAUCACAAAACCAACUGUUGAUGACAAAAAAGACUUCUCCACCGGUACUUAAAGUAAUUUCGAAAGUUUUGAUGGCAUCAAAUACUGUUGGAUCUGGACCUACACCUCCAAUGAAAGUAAUCCCAACCAAAAAUUUAAUAAAUCACCCGACAACUUUGUCAAAUGUACAUCCAAGCACUCAAGUCGUAAUCCAGAGUGAACGUGUUUCGCCCAUAUAUAUUAACCCUUUCGAUUAUACUCCUUACGUAAAAAACACUUUGUCACCCAUCUGUAGACUAAAAAUAUUCGAUGCAGCUAAAGGUGAACGAAAUUUAAUGCAGGAAAAAGUAUUCUUAUUCGCUUGGACUUGUAAAAUUUGCAGGAAAGAAUUCCCCGAAAAAGAACAUCUUCUGGAGCACUACGAAAUGCAUAAGAAUACUACAGAUCAGCUUGGUGAUAUCGACGAAAAUAACGAUACAUAUACCAUAGGCAGCAAAGAAGUAACUUUGAAUCCAAUUUGUAUGACGACGUAUACCAAUAUAGCUCGUUAUCAACAACAUGUUGCUCAAAAACACAAACCAAAAGACCAUUAUUGUGAUACGUGUAAACAUACUUUUACUGACGAUUUUUACUUGAGUAUACAUAAGUCCACGCACAAUCAAGAUCCAGGAUUAUACGAGUGCGUGAUAUGCAAAAAGUUUCAAACAAAAAACACCAAAACCUUAUACGAGCAUAUAUCCAAAGAGCAUGUAAAAGAGGAAAUGUAUUGCAAUGAAUGUGACAAGACGUUCUUAUCGAGGACGUGGUUCGAAGAUCAUAAAAUAUUUCACGAGGACAUUAAUAAAAGACAUACGUAUAAAUGUCGCAAAUGCGAAUCUACAUUCACAUUCACGUCCAACUAUUCGUUGAUGGAACAUAUGCAGGAAUCUCAUAUCAAAUACAAAUGCAAUCAGUGUGAUGUAACCUUUCCCUACAAGCAAAAUUUAGACAAACAUAACAGCCAUCUGCAUUUAACUGAAGGAAAGUUUAUUUGUAAUGAAUGUGGGGAAGCAUUUACAAAAUUGUCCACUCUUAGGUUUCAUGAAAUAAUCCAUAAGGCAGGGAAGCAUGUUUGUUCUGUCUGUGGUAAAAUGUUUAAAAAGAAAGUAGCCUUGAACCUUCAUAUGAGAGGUCAUACUGGGGAAAAACCGUACAGCUGCAAUUUCUGCGAUAAAGCUUUUGCUCAAAGGAACGUUUAUUACACACAUAGAAGAAUUCAUACAGGCGAGAGGCCAUUUUCUUGCUCCGAAUGUAAGAAUUCUUUCACCGAUAGAUCGGCUCUUAGGCAACCUUAA